GCAAGUAACAUCAAAGCUAUUGACAAGGCAACAGUGCACAGAAUUUGUUCUGGCCAAGUUGUACUUACUCUUGCCACUGCAGUGAAAGAGUUGGUAGAAAAUAGUAUUGACGCUGGAGCUACUAGUGUUGGUAAGCUUAAAAUUACAAUGUUCUUUUUAAAAACAGACUUCUUUCAAAUAUUUUUAUUCAAAGCAAGUGCCACAACCAACCCCUUCGGUGUCUGGCAUAUGCUUAUGACACAGCACUGUAAGUGAAAAGUAGGAAAGAUAUAUCAAGAGCUUUUAUUGAAUUAGAACAUGCAUGACUACAACUAUAAACAGGGCUGGAAGUUAACAAUCAAAAACAAAAUACAUGGCUAUGAUAUGAAAAGAACAGAUGGAAAAAAACAUUUAAAUUAGAAACUGCACUUUUGAGAAUGUAAAUCAAUUCAAAUACCUAGGAUUUUAAUUUAAUGAAAGAAAUGAGUUACUAACAGAAAUAAAAGAAAGAAUAUCAGCUGGAAACAGGGCAUACCUCAGUAGACGGAAAAUACUCAAAAGUAAAACCAAUACAAGAAAAACAAAUAAAACUAUAUAUAAAGCUGUAAUUAGACCAGUUCUAACAUAUGCAAGUGAAACUUGGACCCUAACAAAAACGUCAGAAAACCUAUUAAACACAUAGGAGAAAAAAGUUAUCCAGAAAAUAUAACGACCAACAAAGGAUGAAUAUGGAUGGAGAAUAUGAACCAACCAGGAAUUGUAUAGUCUUUAUCAGGAUUCCACACUGGUAGCAGAAAUAAAAAAGGGCUAUGCUGGGCUGGACACUUAGAAAGAAUUCAAAAUGACAGAGCAGUGAAGAUGGUGCACCACCAAAACCUAAGAGAAAACAGCUCAAAGGCAGACCUAAGAUGGCUUGAGGAUGUGGAGAGGUAUCUACAGCAGGUGGGAAUCCAAGCAUGGAAAAGAAAAGCAUCAUUUAGGCCUGAGUGGAAGGAUGUUUUGAGGAAGGCCAAAGCCACAAGGGUUGUAAUGCCACAAGGGUUGUAAUGCCACAAGGGUUGUAAUGCCACAAGGGUUGUAAUGCCACAAGGAUGGAUGGAAGUCUCACUGGGUUUUUAAAAAAAAAUCCUUAUAUCCCAGCUGAAUGGAUUAAAUUUUUUUAUAUUUUUGACUUUUCUUUAAAAAAAACUAAUUUUAAUAGUCCAAAGGACCAAAAAAUUAAAGUUUAAAACAAUUUAUUUCAUUCCAUUAGGCUUAAGCAUACCUUAGGCACCAUGGGGCAAAAGUUACAACUCUUUAUUUUUAAUAUGCACUUUAAAAAUUAAAAAACAUUGAAAAUAUCAAAAAUGAAGUAAAUUAAAUUAAUAAUUGAACUGAUCAUUGCUUUGGUAAAAAAUCCAUUUUUAAUGUUUUAUUCAUUAAGUAUUAAUUCCGUAAUAAUUUGUUGUAUUUUAUUUAUGUUACAAUAAAUUCUUAUGUCAGAGAUCAGACUCAAAGAGUAUGGCAGUGACAGCAUUGAAGUCAUUGACAAUGGUUUCGGAGUUGAUGAGAUCAACUUUGAAGGCCUCAGUAAGUUGACAUUUUAAAAAUUUUACUUUUUAAUUCCAGUGUUUUUUGUUUGUGACCAUCGUAUUUUUAUAUUUGGGGUCUUACUUUUGCAGGUAUAACAAUGUAAAAUUUGCUGUCUUUUUAUUUCUUCAAAAAGCACUUAAGCACCAUACAUCUAAAUUAGAAGACUUUGAAGAUUUGAUCAAUGUGACAACAUUUGGAUUCAGAGGGGAAGCACUCAGCUCUCUUUGUGCAUUAAGGUAUACAAAUUGAUUUAGUUCUAAAUUAAAAUAAAUUUUUAUAAAUUUUUAUUUUAUAAAUUAAACUUUUAUUAAUCCAAAUAAAUGGAAAUUGUUUUUUUGUUUCAUUCAUUGUACAUAUUAUUUCAGCCUUGAAAAUCUUAGUUUGAGUUUUUCGUUGUUCCUUAAAAUUGGUCUGUAGCAAGAAUUUCGUCUAGUAAUUUUGGUGUAUAACUGUUGAGUUCUUGAUUGUGAGUUGUCAUUUUGAACAGAGUAUUGGCUUUUUGUUGGAAUGGAGUUCUAUUUUUCUGUUUCCAAUGUCAUGGAGAGUCCUUAUGUCUGUAGCUAAUUUGUCUUUGGAUGGUUGUCAUGUCAUAUGCCAGAAAAGAUCAUUUGGAAGAGAAAUAAUGAAGGGUGUGAGUCAAAAAGAUACCAGAUAAGUGUGUCAAUCAACCUGACAUGUCUCAAGACAUGCGAUGAAGACCAGUGAUGUGUGUCAGUCAACCUAACAUGUCUCAAGACAUACGCUGAGGAUCAGGGUCGUGUGUCAGUCAACCUAUCAUGUCGCAAGACAUACGAUGAAGACCAGGGAUGUGUGUCAGUCAACCUGACAUGUCUCAAGACAUAAGCUGAGGACCAGGGACGUGUUAAGGGAGUGGAAGGGGGCGAGAGCUCUUGCCCCUUGUGCCAAAUUGUUUUUUACUUGACCAUUUCGUGGCCAUACCUUUUCUAUUUAUGAGGGGUAGUAUUUUCAGAUUUCAACCCAGAUGCUGUUUUUCUCUGGCACUGCCCUCUUCGCCAAUUUUAAAUUUAUCAGAUUCAUUGUUAGUUGAUAGUGACUUCUGAAGGGCCGACUCUUUCAACUUUCGGUGCUGUUGCUUUGUUGUGAGUACGUUGAUGCUGACGAUCUCUUAAAUUGUGUCACAUGGGGCAAGUACAAGCUGACAAUCCUCUUGUUGCAAAUGUACAACAGAAGAAAUAUGAAAACCCCUUGAAAUCCAUUCAGGAAAAUGGAGAUGAAAUAAUUCAGUUAUUGUUGCAAUAUAAAAAUGUAUAAGGUUGUCAUUAUUAAAAAUAUGUCAUUACACAUUUUAUUAUAGUUAUAUCUAUUCAACAGUAACAUGAAUGUAGUAACCAGACACACAACUGCCAGCGUAGGCACACGCCUAGAGUUUGACCUAAAUGGCAAAAUCAUCUCCAGGAAGUCAGCUCCCAGGCAGGUAAUCAUGGGCAAGCAGUACAUUUCGUUAGCUUUAUAAAUUUUACCUCCAUGUCACAUGAACAUUUUUAGCUGGACAUAAAAGUGAAACAUGUCUUACAUUUUAAAUUAAUCAGUUUCUUUAAAAUAAUGACACAGUCAAGAGGAAUUUCUAUCAAUAUCUUUCUUCAAAAUGAAUUUUUUAAAUAUAUUUCAAAAGGCUUGAUUUAUACAGAGGGCCUCCUGAUAGAGCCAGAGUUCAGAAAUUGUAUUUUAUUCAAUAAUUUUAAAAAAAAACCUAUUAAUUUGAGUGAUAUUUUUAAACAGGUUGGCACAACGGUUGUCAUUCAAAACAUUUUUCACACUCUCCCCGUGCGACAUAAAGAGUUUAUGAGAAAUCUGAAGAAAGAAUUUGGCAAGCUUGUCCAGGUGCUGAAUGCGUACUGUAUCAUAAACACAGGUGUCAGGAUCACAUGCUACAACCAGACAGGAAAGGGGUGAGUCUCACAAGUGUGCAAUCCAAAAUGAAUGCUUCAAAAACACUUUACAUACUUGUUGAAAAUAAAAAGAAAGUCACAAAACAAGCAGCAAAGACAUUUAACUGAUUUCUUUGUGCGUCAGUUUUCAUAAUGAUUAAUAAACCUUGUGCUGGACAACAAAUGCUGCAUGUUUAAAUAAAAAUAUUGCAUCUAAAAAAAAUUAAAUAAAUGAUUAGCCUUGCGUUGCAUAAUAAAAUGCUGAUUAUGAUUUCAUUUAAGGAUAUUCGAAUCAGUUGAGAAAACAAAGGGUUGUAAAUAGUGUAUUAUUUUUUGUUGGUAUUAACAGAAGCCGAAACCUUGUUGUAUCCACAAAUGGGAAUGACACAAUGAGAGAUAACAUAGGAAAUGUCUUCAGUCCUAAGCAGGUGAGAAUGGCGUCAUUUUUGUUAUUUCUUCUGUUAAGGUUAUCCAGAGCUGUAUUUUAUGAACUAGACGGAAUAGCAAAUAUAAUAAAACAAAAUUGUUGAAUGAAUCAGAACAAGGAAAAUCAAAAGUUAAAAUUAAUUAUUAUUUUUUUUUUAAAAUGGAUUUCAUUUAUGUUAGCUUUCCACAUGUUGAGUCAAAAAAGGGUACAGCUCUGGAAGUGUAUAUCUUUGUUAGAAAUAGGUUGACUUUUGGUAUUAUUUAUUUAUUAUUUUAUUAUAUUAGAGAUAUAAUUUGCUAAAUAAAAGUUGUAAUGAGUUACUACUUUAUUUAACCACGAUUUUCUCUAUGUCAUCAAUUUAUGUCCUCUUUAAAAAAAAAUUAGGGAUUAAUAUUUUCCCCCUCUCCAUUUUGAGCUGAUUAAAAGGUGAACAAUUCUUUUGUAAAAUUCUAAAAUGAAACCACCUCACUAGAAAUGAAAUUUCAUUUAAAAAAUUAACAAAACUGCUCCAGCUUCAUGGUCUGCUGGAGUUUAAACAAACUGAAGCUGAAGAUGAGAUCUGCACUGACUUUGGCAUUAACCCUCAGCAGAAGUCAAGUGUCAAAUUCAGGUAUUCAAUUCAUACUCUUUUUAAACAGCAGAUCUUUCAUUAGAGUUAGACUAAAUGUGAUCCUGAACUCCUCAAAGAUCCAAUUAUCUGUCACACUGAGUUACUCUGGACUUUUGGUUGAAUUCCAGAUGUAAAUGGGAUUAACAGUUACUGAUGAUACCCAAAUACUUUGACAUUUACUGGUUUUGUGAGAGUGGUUUGGUUGUGGGUGGAAUCUGAUGGGUCAAGGGUAAAUUGUUUGGGAAUCUGAUGAGUCAAGGGUAAAUUGUUUGGGAAUCUGAUGGGUCAAGGGUAAAUUGUUUUGGGAAUCGGAUGAGUCAAGGGUAAAUUGUUUGGGAAUCUGAUGGGUCAAGGGUAAAUUGUUUUGGGAAUCUGAUGAGUCAAGGGUCAAUUGUUUGGGAAUCUGAUGAGUCAAGGGUAAAUUGUUUGGGAAUCUGAUGGGUCAAGGGUAAAUUGUUUUGGGAAUCUGAUGAGUCAAGGGUAAAUUGUUUGGGAAUCUGAUGAGUCAAGGGUAAAUUGUUUGGGAAUCUGAUGGGUCAAGGGUAAAUUGUUUUGGGAAUCUGAUGAGUCAAGGGUAAAUUGUUUGGGAAUCUGAUGAGUCAAGGGUAUAUUGUUUGCUUAGUGCUAGCUAUGUAAAGGGUCCAUAAACAAGUGAGAUGUUUAAAUGCUGGUGAACACAGAGUGGCAGUUAGUAUGUUGAGUUAAGUUAGCAGUUAGUAUGUUGAGCUAUGUUAGCAGUAAGUGUGUCUUACCGGAUGUCAAGUUCUUUUGAGGAGUAGUGUUGAGAGUUUGCAGACUGGGUGUCAUUUUUUUUUAAUUCUGAGAGUGACAGGAGCGAUAGUUGUCAGAGAGUUUAACCCCAUCAAGUUGUUGUUAGCUGUUCCUUUGAUUUGUAAACUAAGAUAUUACUUUGUAAACUAGGAUAUCAUUAUGUAUACUAUGAUAUCACUUUGUAUACUACAGUAUCAUUAUGUAUACUAUGAUAUCAUUAUGCAUACUAUGAUAUUAUUAUGUAUACUAUGACAUCAUUUUGUAGGCUAUCACAUUAUUUGUGUACUUAAUGAAUAAAGACAAAGGAAAUCGGACAGUGCGUCAGUUUUCGUAAUAAUUAAUAAACCGUGUGUGGACAGCAAGUGGCAAGAAGAAAACCUAGAAAAAACUGAGCCACCGAACUGCCUGUUAGAAUACAUGGGAGUUCGUAACAGUUGUCAGGUUUUAAAAUAUCUUAUUUUAAUAAUAAUUCUGUAGGAUUGAAGGAUUUGUUUCCAAGUGUGAACAUGGACAGGGCCGCAGCUCAUCUGAUAGACAAUUUAUUUUCAUCAAUAAAAGACCUUGUGACAGUGCUAAGGUAAUAAAUUAACAUACAUUAAAAUUUUGUUUCCUAUUUUUUAAGUAAUACAUUUUUGGUAAAGCUAUGUGAAGUUCAAUAUAAUUAGACAUUUUUAUAAUAUCAGCAGUUGGUAUCAAUGAAUGUCAGACAAGGCGACUCACUUUCAUGUAUCCUGUCUAACAUCACACUAGAAAAAGUUAUUAGAAGCAUACACGUGAGCACCAGCGGAACCAUAACAAGCUACUUCCAGAUAGGUAUUACAGAGCAACAACCAUCUGGAACCUUAUAUAGCCUACCAUUGCAGUACCUGACAUAUAAAGACGAUAUAGCGCUACAGGGUAGAAACAGUAAUGACAUGAUUAAAGCAUUCAGGGAAAUUGAAAAUGCCUCAGUCAAAGCAGGUCGUGAUGUAAAUGAACUGAAAACAAAAUAUAUGAUGAGGUCAAGAAAGUCCAAUGCUGAUGAUAACAUCAAUAUAAAAAAACACAAAUUUGAGAGAGUUGCUACAUUCAAAUAUCUAGGGCCAACUAUAAACGAGUACGAUGAAAUAAUGUCUGAGGGGAAAGAAAGAAUAACAGCAGGCAACCGUUCCUAUUUCAGCCUACAAAAGCUACUGGGAAACGAAAAACCUCUCAAGGGGAAAAAAGAAGACCAAUAUACACCACUAUCAUAAGACCAGUAGUUACUUACGCUAGUGAGACUUGGACCCUUAUCAGAAAAGCUUAGAACCUUCUCAAUACAUGGGAGAGGAAAAUCCUCAGAAAAAUAUAUGGCCCAGUGAUGGAAAAUGAUAACUGGAGAAUCCAUACAAACCAAGAUCUUUACCAAUUGUACAAAGACCCACCCAUCGUCGCAAUGAUAAAAAUAGGCAGACUAUGCUGGGCAGGACAUACUGAAAGGAUGCUGGAAUGUAGAGCAGCAAAAGUGAUAUACAGGCAGAAACCAAGGGGCAGAUGACUCACCGGUCGCCCAAGUCUGAGAUGGAUCGACGAUGUGGAGAAGGAUUUACACCAGUUGGGGGUUCGGGCAUGGAGGCGGAAAGCCAUGGAUCGUUCCGAAUGGAAGGAUGUGGUGGAGCAGGCCAGGGCCCUACAUGGGCUGUAGCGCCAAUGAUGAUGAUGCCAAUGAAUGUCCGGCGGGCCGCAAAAUUUAUUGUGCCGGAACGCUUGCGGGCCGCAGGUUGACCACUCCUGCUUUAAACCUAUUCAUUUAUGUUUUAAAGAUGAAAUAAGAAUGUUGUUUAAGAUUAUAUAAAUAUUUAAAUACAUUUAAAUUCUCAUUCCAUAUUCUAUUCAUUUUACAGAUUUUGAAGAUAAUUAAUGAAGUGUACCAUAGUUACAAUAGGCACCAAACUCCUUUUAUUGCACUCAAUAUUUCAAUGGACAAAGGUAAUAAUAAGAUACAUCUUAAAAAUGAUCCAUAUACAUUGUAUAAAUAUAUUGGCUUUGUUCUUUGGGCUGAACAAGAAUAAAAUGAAAUAAGAGCUACAGUAUAUUGAUAUAAACUUUUAUUCUUAUUUACUUUCUUGUUAGUUUGAAUAAUGGUCAUUAAUUAUUAAAAUUGGUUUUCAACAGGUGUAAUGAUAUAUUGAACAAAAAUGAAAAAAAAAAAGUUUUUUCUACACUAACAGAGAAGAUAUUUAUCUUAUUAUUUAUUUGCAGACUGUUUUUUUUUAAUUUUAGGAUUACAAGUUAAAUUUUUUUUAAAGCAUUUAUUUAACUCACACAAAUGUUUUAGCCUUCAUAGAUUUGUUAUAGAUGAUGUAUCUUAGUAUCAAUCAAUUCCAGAGACUGUAGAUGUAAAUGUGACCCCUGAUAAGAGACAAAUUUUUAUGGAAGGUGAACGUCUCUUGCUGGCUGUGUUAAAGGUUUGUCCAGUCUCCAAUCAAAAGAUUGGGUGCAGUCUAACUCAAUGGUUAAAAUCUUUAUACACUACUAUGAAGUACUAUUUGGUUAUUGGAGUUUACCAGAAAUUGCUAUUUAUUCAGAACAUUUAUUCCAUGUCAUUUAUUAUAACAUGUAUAAUAUAAUCCACAUAUAUUUCAAUUGAACAUUUUUGAAUAGAUUUAAUGUUAUUUGUAACGCAGGAAUUUUAUACAAUUUUAUGCAUAUCCAUCAACACAUUUUUCUGUUUACAAAUUCAUCCAGAGUUUUUUUUUUCAAUGUCUUUUCAGACUUCUUUGACUCGGAUGUUUGAACCAACCAGCUCAGUGUUCAAAGUCAAUAAUAUUUUAUCAUCUCAAUCACGUAAGUUCCAAUAUAGUGGAAUAUUUCAAACACAAUUAAGAAUUUUGGGUACCUGCCCUUAAAGCUUUUAACAUUUGUAUUUUAUUUGUCUUUGUAAGAACAUUUAUCUUUGUGCUGAAAAGGAACAUGUACAUUUCAAUCAAAAUACAUUCCCAUUUAUUCUGAUCAAUAAAAGAAUCUUACCUUAUUAUCUGGAGAUAAUAAAUGAAACACUUUAGGGGCAACACAUAUGUUAAAAAUAUUGGUCAUAUAUUAGAUCAAUUUUAAUAAUGCAUCAUCAGUUUUUUUAAAUAUUCUGCUAAGUUAUUUGACAUUUAAAAAAAAUUAUACUUUUAAUUUAUCAUUUAGCACUGUCUCGGAAUAAAUUACCUAAUGAUUGUAACUCAGACCCCAACACCGAUCAGACUUUGACUUCGCUGUCCAAUAGGAUCAGCAGCCAUCAAGGGUCUAAACCACAGGUAUGACCUUAUUUUAAGAUACCUUUUAUUGGUAUUGGUAUUGAUAGUUAAUAGAGAAAAGAAAAACUUCAGGCUACUUUGGAUGACAUCAUAGUUCAGCUUUUGUGAGACUUUUUUUCCAUUGUAACAGAUAUAAACAAUCUUAAGUUUUAUUCAGCAAAUUAUGCUUUGCUAAAAUUAAUGUAUACUUAUUUUUAAAAUUGUUUUUGUUUAUUAUUUCGAAACACUGCAAUUUUUAAAAAAAUACUUAAUUGCAAUAAACUGGAUCUAAAAUGCCAGAUUUCAUGAAUAAUCCGAGAAGUGAAGCAAGGAUAGAGAUCAUGCUAUAAAUGCAAAUUCAUUAGUUUGGAAAUAAGAGCAAAUAUAGCAGCCUGAAAUAAAAGUAAAGAUUGAAGUUAGGAAAUAAAUCAUAGAUGGAACCCGGGGAAAAAAGUAAAUGUAUAAGUAUAAGGAAGGAAAAAAAGCAAAUAUAAAGCAAAAGGAUCAUGGCAUGCAUGGACCUAUGCAGAAAAAAAUAAAUUCUUUUUAUUUAAACCAGACGACUAUUUUAUUGACCUAAAACAUUUUAUAUUGUAGGCGAGCACUCCAAGCAUGUCCAGUUCACUGGCACAACUCAAGAGAUCAUUUUCUAGUGCAUUUGAUAAAAACACCUCAAGCUCCAGCCCCCUGGUCACCAGUCCAAUCAAAAGGUCAAGUAAGUUCAAGGUUACCUCAUAAAAAUUUAUCAUGGCCAGAUUGUUAUUUAUACUUAGCAAUAAUCUGAUGUCUGAUGAUGUGGCAGGAGGUUAGCGUGUCGUAAAUGUUGUAGGAUAUUAUACACAGGGAAAUAUUAAUUGUCUUUCCAUCAAUGCUGCUCACACAAAGUCUGUUAAGAACUUAAGUGCUCAUCUGCAAUGCAGACGCAAGAAACACUGCUGGUCGUCCACCGCUUCAUAGUUUGUUUCCAUUUGUCUUUACAAGGUCUUGCCAUUGGGACAAAUAGACAAGGACACUAGAGUUUGGCUUAUGAAUUGAACAACUCUCCCUCACUUUAAACAAAAUAAAGCUCAAAUCAAAGCCUUGGUCAUCUUCCCGUGCAAGGGACGAACAAUAAUAAUAAUAUAAAAAAAUAUGUUAAUUAGCAUCACUUCGGGAAAACAAUAUUUCAGUAUCCCUAAUAAUAUGUUAAUAUUAAUUUUUUAGCUGCACAAAAAUUGUAAUUUUUAGAAAUAGCAGUGUUUAAAAAAAACAAAAAAAUGUUUACAAUGAAUAAUUUACAAAAUAUACUAAUAAAUAUUGGAGGCAAUAACUUGGUAUAGUAAUUUUUCUUUUGGUUUUCACAGAGUCAAGUAGCCUCCCUUCACAACUCAAACCAACAGGCACCAUAACCCAGUUCUUAACCAGACACACUGCUACUGGCCCACCCUCCCCAGGUGACUUACAUGAUUCAACAUGUAAAGACUAUAAAUGGUUGAGUGAAAGUCAAUCUGAUUUAAAGCUUUCUUUAAGUGAAGUUUUGGAAUCAGACCCUUGUGAUCUUUUAGCUAGUGUUGAAUCUACUGAUACUAGGGUAAAACUUAUUGAACUGAUGUGUGACAGUGUUGAAGAUGGCAAAGCUGAUCAAAAUGAAAGCAGUCCACUUUCAGUUAGUAACCUACCUUGUCUGGCAGAUCCUGUUGUAAAAAUUUCUUGUGGGAAGACUGAAAUGAAGAGUGUUAUAGAUUUGUGUGCAAUACCUGAUCAAGAAACGGAAUUACAAAGUAGUUUAAAAAGUUGUAGUGAUAAAUUAGGCAGUGAUGAUGAAAAAGAUUUGAACAACUUGUCUGUUGGAUGCUGUGAGGAAAAGUCACCUGACCCAUGUGAGGAAGAGUCACCUCACCCAUAUGAUGGAGCAGAUGGUGAAACUGAAUGUCACAAAAAUAUUACCAGACAUAAAACAGCCAUCUCGCCAACAAAUUUUGAAACAGGGUCCACAAUUAAAUUGGAUUUGGUAAGCUUGGUUAGUUUAAUCUAAUCUAUAGAUUUGUACAAUUCAUAGAUUUAGUGACCUAUUCUAAAAAUAUCCCAAAGUUGUCCAGUCAUAGACAACCCUAUUUGUAUAUGUACACUGACAACCACAUUUAUAACUGCUUUACUUUUAAAAUGCGUCUAUUCUCUUAUUUAUGAAUUUUAAAAUAUUGUUUCUCACAUUUUAAAAACAGCCUCUAACUCAUGAAGAGACAUCUCAGCAUUCAGAGAAGGUGGUACAGUUUUCUCUUUCCAGUCUCCAAGACAGAAUGGCAACCCUGAAUCUGGAAAAUUCCAAAAACCAAACCUCUUUUUGUAGGAGUUUUCGAGCCAAAAUCUGUCCAGGUGACAACGGUUCAGCAGAAGAUGAAUUGCAAAGAGAGAUAAGGUAAACCACAUCAUAGCUAACAGUCAUAAACAAAUUUAAAUUUAAUGGAUUGCAUAAUGUUCAUAUUCUAUAACUAAGAGAAUUUAAGACAUUUUUUAUAUUUUUAGAGCAUCUUUUUUUCUUUAAAAUGUUAUUUCUCCAAGAUAAGUUAAAAUCAUUAAAUGUACUUUCCUUCAGUAAAGAUAUGUUUUCCAAGAUGGAGAUUCUUGGACAGGUAAGUUUUUAUUUUGUCAAAUUUUAAGAACUAUUGAAAUGCAUCUUCUUUUUAAGUUUUAGAAUGGUUUUAUUUCUAAAAUUCACAAUUUUAUUUGAUAAAAUGUUCCUUGUUUUGGCAUGGAAGUUUGUUUUCUAAUAUGAAUCUCAGUUUUCUCACUUUUAUCUUCUAAUUAUUUUUUUUGUGUGUUUAAUUCAGUAUUUAAUUUUUUUAUUUGAAUUUUAAAAUAUCUUUUUUACUAUCCAGUUCAACCUUGGUUUUAUUAUCACCAAGCUGGGCAGUGACUUAUUUAUUGUUGACCAGCAUGCCACAGAUGAGAAGUACAAUUUUGAGAUGCUUCAAAGAAACACAGUGUUGCAGAGUCAAAGAAUGAUAGUGUGAGCUAAAAAAAAGAUUUUAAAAAAUUAAAAUAUUCACUAUCUAUCAUCCAGUGUUGGAGGAAACAUUAGUUGAACUGUACAAAAUUAUCAUUUGAGUAACAGUGGAUUGCUACAGUUUCAGUUUAACCAUUAUGUUUUCUAAAAAUAAUUAAAUUACAUUUUAAAAAUAUUUUUUUAAUGAUAAAGACUCCAUGUAUAAAAAUCGUUUUUUUUUAAAUAUUGAAAUGAAGCACACUGCAUUACCUUUGAAGACAAGUGCAUUAAUAAGGUAAACAAUUUCAGUCCUCAGAGUUUGGAGCUUACCGCCAGCAAUGAAACUAUUCUGAUGGACAACCUGGACAUUUUUAAGAAAAAUGGAUUUGAUUUUCUUAUUGAACCAGAAGGUUAGAAGAUGUCUAUUUUUUAAAUCCUAUGGUUCUCUCAUAGUUUUAUGCAAUAAAUGAGAUCUUAUAUUAUGGCUAACUAUCAGAUUUACUAAUUCAAUGAAAAAGUAUACAUGAGCCUAACUGCCAAAAAUGUUGGUAUAAGACAAUAUUAAACAUUUAUUUAGUUUACCAAGCUUCUGUUAAUUCUAAAUCACCAAAUAAUUAAGCAUUUUAAAAAAAAUGAAUAUUCUAAUUAACCCAAAUUAAAACUAUAAUUAUUACUAGAUAUAGCCUGCCAAACUUUGGUGACAGCAAUGCGUGAACUUCCCAUCUACUAAAGUUAUUUGACAAAACAUUAACUCAAGUAGCACACAUUUGAGAAUCCCAAUUUUUGCUACACCCAUUCCCCCAUGAUACGUGUCUGCAUACUUUUUACUUGCCGCCCGUGAACUUUAUUAAAUAUUCUGAUGUCCCAGCCACUUUUAAAGCUAAUAUUUUUACACCAUACUUAAAUUGAGACAAAUUCAUUUUCCAAAAAGAAAAUAUUAUGCCCCAAACGCAGUUGCGAUAUUAUAUUUAAAAAAAAAAUCAUUUAGCGUAGUUAUUGGGAAUUAUAUUUAGCGCCCUAUUGAAUUCAUUAUUGAACCGUACUUGCCUUCAAACAUGUAGAAUUAUUUUUAAUAUACUCGAAUUAUAAUAAUAUAACACCAAAUUGGCUGAUAAGAAGCAGUCUAUUAGGAAGCAGUCCAUUAGGAAGCAGUCCACGAGUCUGUGGUGAUCUGACUUAUGACUUAUUAGUGAGUGGUAUCUCUCGUAUGAGAUCUCCUCUUGGCACUCUGUCUAGGGAUUCGUUAUUUAAGCCAAAUUACCACACAGACAUAACAACCUAUCUAUAUACAUAUAUUAUAGACUGAAUCGAAGUCUUUGUUAAAGGGGAAAAUAACUAUAAGUAUUUGUUGAAUAAUAAUAAUAUUUACAAAUUCCUCCGUAAUGCACUCUUGGUGAUUAAUGUAUAUACAUCAAAUGGAUUUCAUCCAAUUAGAAGGGUAUAUCAAUGCAAUGCAAGUGUCACUAACAUACUGACGGUAUCAUCAUUAUAAAUGCUAUAUUGCUCAAGGUUCUAUGUUCGAUCUUUGUUGACUUAGCCUGUAUAGUUUCACUGAGGAUCUCGGUGGAUCACACAGUGUGAGAGUUCCUUCUGUUCCAGAAGCGUGUCCCUGUUCCGGUCUUCGGGGCUGUUCUAAGCGUAGUAGCAAAGUCGGAGUUACGGGUCGUAGAUUCCGUGGGAUCUCUGCGAUGGGGAAGAUGACUCUCCAGCGAUAAAUCGUGGCAGUGAGAGUCCCUGGAUCUCGAAGUCCUUCUAGUAGCCGUCAGGUAGUUUGGUGUAGGAUGUAAAUCAAUCCCCUAUUUCCGGCUUCAAGGUAAGGAAACCAGGUAGUACUCUAGGUAGUAGUCGCAGUUAAUGAUCACGCUAAUGAAGUAAUAAGUCUAGUUACUUCCAGUGUCCACAGUCAAGUGAUCAGAUCUUAAAAGACAUAUACUUGCUAAUAUCAUUGCAGUUGUAGAUCACGCUACUGAAGUCUCUAGUGAAGUUAUCUCCAGUGUUUACAGUCAAGUGAAAACGCUAUGAUGUCUCUAGUGUAGUUAUCUCCAGCGUCCACAGUCAAGUGAUAAUGCUAUGAAGUCUCUAGUGUAGUUAUCUUCAGCGUUCACAAUCAAGUGAUAUGGAUCAUAAAAGAAAUAUUCUUGCUUGUUCUGGCUAUUUAUUCGAGUUGGGUGAUGAUUCAAUUGGGUGGUUUAAAGGUUGUUUGUUUUCCGAUCUAAUGACAAUCACUUUUGAUGUUGUGGGUUUGACCUUCUACCCUCAAAGUUUAUCGGGGCGAGGUGAAAAUCCAAUUUCACGCUUCGGCGUGAAUUUUCUGGUGUAGAAAUGCAAUAACAACAAGGGACGCUACUCUGCUUUGCUGAUUCCAGGGCAAUACUGAAGGGCGGUAUGGUAUUAUUUUCUCAAGUUCAUCGGUGAGAGGGGUUGAACACAAAAUGUACUCUUUUGGGGUGAGCGAACUGAUGUGGAAAUGCGAUAACACCAAGGAAAUUCACUCAGGCUAUGCUACUGCGGGGCAACUUGAGGGAAAGGUAUUAUUAUACAAGGGUUUCCAAGGGCGGAUUUGCGAUGGAAGAAUUUUACAAAGUCCAGCCUCACAUCAUCACAGAGUCACACCAGAAGCAUAAUAUAUAUAUAUAUAUACGGCAUCCUUCCGUCUUCCUGAGACGAUGGAGUAGUUAUAUAGUCCUACACUUUGAUGAGUGGCUCACUAGGCCAAUCCGAGAAUGACAAUCUCUACCGCAUCUCUCGCAGGAUAUGUAAGAGAUAUUUGACCCUUAAUAAUAAUAGCAUUUUGAUAUUUCAGCUCCACCAACUCAAAGAGUCAAAUUGACUUCAGCUCCAACAAGCAAGAACUGGAAUUUCGGAAAAGAUGGUGGGUUGAAUGAAAAGCAGAUAAACUUGUUUUCAGAGUUUAUGAAAUGAUAUUUUCAGAAUAUGAAAUUUAACAUCUUGUUACAUACAGAAAUCCUUCAUUACCAUCAACAUGUUACUGAAAAAAAUAUGAAACUUUAAGAUUUAUGUAUACAAAUAACAUUGUAUUUCUUUAUUAUAUAUUUAAAAUACCCUGAGUGGUAAUAUAUGAGAGCCUUUGAUUUCUAAUGUGCCAUUUUAAAAUUUUAAUUCUUUUGGUCAAUGUUUGCAUGCUUAAUAUUCCUUAAAUAUUUGAAUACUUUAUCACAUUAUAUUCUUUCAUUUGUAUCUAAAAUUUAGCUUUCUUAAUGUAUAUGAAUUUCAGAUAUUGAAGAGCUCUUGUUUAUGCUGACAGAUUCCCCGGUAGGUAAUUUUAUCUGUACCUUUAUAGAUAUUCAUCUAUGAAUAGAUUGGGUAAUUUGUUUAUAAAAUAUUUAUAGUUGGGUUUAAAUGAGAAACUAUAAAUUUGCAGAGAUGAUUGAUUGUUUAAUCUUUUAAAGUUUAACUUUUUAUUUAAAUCCUUUGCAGAAUGUAAUGUGCCGUCCCACCAGAAUUAGACUAAUGUUUGCAUCUCGGUCAUGCCGGAAAUCAGUUAUGAUUGGAACUGCACUCAACAAAUCUGAGAUGAAAAGAGUAGGUUCAUUGAAUUUGUUUGUUGGUUGUACUUUUUGUUUGUUUGAUUAAUUAAUUAAGACUAGUGACCAAUGUUAAAUCUGCCAGAUAAGCGUUCCCCAGAUGGUGGAUCCGCACUGGUCCACGAGCCUUAAGUUGUCAGUCCACACAACAUGAAUGUUUAUGGUGAAGUACAAAUUACGAAGAAAAUCUGGCACUGGUCCCUGGUGCAAUAUCUAAACUUGUGCACUGAUCCCCCAAACUGAAAAGUUUGGUUUAAGUUUGGGAAACACUACUAAAUGACAAUAAUGCAACUUUAUUAAUGAUCACAAUCAAAGUUGUUGAUUUAAGGAAAUAGGGGAACAAGCUAUGUUGAAGCUUGAAACGAGAAGACAAGACAAUAAAUUAAAUUUUUUUCGGUUUACAGCCUUAUUCAGCAGACAAGACAUAACAAGAUACAGAAAAGAAUUCAAAAGGAGUUAAAAAACUUAAGUGUUUGGUUUUCGUCUUUUAAUAUUUGAAUAUUGUUUCAUUUUUUUAUCUGCAGCUUGUUUGCCAUAUGGGUGAAAUAGAGCAGCCCUGGGUAAGUUUCUAACAUAUUCAGUGAUAUUAUACAUGAUCCCAGCAAGGACUUAUCUGUGAAUUUUCAGCAGUGACUUACUUAUUGUCUGCUAGCAAAAAAUGGAAGGCAAUAAUUAUAAUUGUAAUUCUUGGCUGCCUUGUUUUUUUCCUUUCACCCACGAACUGUGGUCGGGCGAAAACAUUCUCGUUCUGUACUGUGGCAGCCGAAAAAAAUCGGCCGAUUAAAAACAUGGUCUGAAAGCAACUUCCAAUCUAAUAUUUAACCGGAAUUAUAGCCACUUCCUCAUAUUAAUAAUUAAAUCAUCUUCCGGUUCAAGCUGUUUCAUGAUAACUUAAAAAAUAAGUACUUUUUAAUCAGAGUUUAAUAUCGCUGUUUUUUUUAAAGCUAAAAUGGUUGAAGCUAUGGCUGGGCCUUCAGUGAAAGAACUAAUAAAAAUAUGUUGAAAGCUCUUUGGGAGCGUUUUAAGAAAGCGUUUUAAGUGAUACUGAUGAUGAUUUUAAAUUCCCCAUGACAUUACCAGUUGAGAUUAUUCUUCUCGUGAAUUUUAUACUAGUCUCAGUGAUACUGAAAUAGGCCUACUGAGGUUACUGUUAGACUUCGCGCCAGGCCCGGAGGUUGGGCAAGGACUGACUGAAUUUUAGUCACAGAAGCUACAAAUUAUAGUUCAGAACUAAUAAAUUGUAUAGUUAAACAACCCAAAUCAGUUCCACAAUACCUUUUUAAAUGUUUACUGGUCAAUAAUAACUAUUUUGCCUGAGAUUUUGUAUUUGGUACUUGCUUUUAGGAGUGGUCCCAGUUUCUUGUAUAAAUUACCUAAAAUUACUAAAAUUGCUUAGCAAACUAUACAUUUUCUGAAAGAUAAAUGAAUUGGCUACAACAUUUAGAUUUUUGUUUUAAGUGUAGGGCGUAUCUAUAAAGAGUAAUGAUGUUAUGAGCACUUGAAAGCAAGACAUUUUGUGGAUUAUUUUUUUUCUUGAGAACUCCAAGGUCAAGGACGCUGAGCAAAAUUUUUUUUUUAUGGUUUGGGCAAUAUGACCAACUUUAUCCCCAUCCAUUUACCUUUCUAAAAAUAUAUACUUAUAUGGCUUUUGUAUCAAUAUUUCUAUUUUCAUUUAAUUUCAAAUGGCACUCAAAACGCUCCGAAAAGCUCCACACCACAGAAUGAUGCAUGCCACACUUCAUGGGUUAAAAAAUAUACCAGAUAGACAUUUAUUUAAGGUACUUCAGAUGUGUUUUUGCACUAUCAUUUUAAGAAAUACACAAUUUAAUGAGCAUCAAUUUUUAAAUUUUUUUUUUUAGAAUUGUCCCCAUGGCCGGCCAACAAUGAGACAUUUGUUCAACAUGGACAUGCUGCCAUCUUGACAAGUACUUUGUGAAUUGUUUUUAAAAACCUCAAGUUGUAUGACACAUUUAUUAUGAAAAUCAUCUUCAUUAAUCUGAUUAACUG